AUGCGCUUAAUUAACCUCCUAUUUAGAUGCUGUAACUGGGUUCGUGAAAAAGAUAAUGAUAGCACUUCAAUUGACAUAAACCAUCCUCCAGAUCUCACAUUAAAGAAAAUCGAAGACUACUCAAGUUUAUAUGAGAAAAAUAAUCUUUCAGAAAGCUUACACUCAAUCUCGGAGGUGAAACUAGAGGUUUCGAAAAAAGAAGAACAAGAAAAUGCAGAAAUACUCCAAAAAGCACCACCAAAAAAUUACCCCAAAAUCCAUUUGAUUAAUCUUGAGGUUUCUCCUGAUCCAAUUGUGCUUUUUGAAAAGAAGGACAAAAAUAACAUAAAAGUAGCUACUCCUCAUAAGAAGAAAGCGAAGAAGAAAAAGUCGAGUGAAAAGGCUUUGAAAAAGGAAGAAAAGAAAAGUGAGAAAUAA